AUGUGCUCUCAUGAUUCCAAAGCAAGUUCGAGAAAUCAAGCUUCGCGUAACAGCGACUCCACUCGUUUAUCGCUUACUCACUUCCUCGAUCGCAAACUGCAUAACUCUUCAACAGUCCCUCAAACCGUUCCGGGGAAAUUGACGCCUUUUCAAUCACCGGCCAGUGAGCAAGAUGGAAGCGUCAAACUAACUGAAGAAGAGAGAAAGUCUGCAACUGCUGAUGAGAAGUUGAUUUUGGGAAUGUUCAAGCAAGAGGGAAAAUGUGACUUUGUUCCUCCGUUAGAUCUUGAUGAGUUAGGAAAUUCUGUGGCAGGUGAUGGUCAAGGAGCUAGGAAAAGGAAAAAUCCAUUUGAAGGUUUGGAUUCCUAUCCCAAUGAACUUGAGCACGCGUUUUGGCUCUGUUAUUUGUUAUUCUUAUGGGAAAGUUGA